ACUUAUGCCCAUCCUCCCGAUGCUUCUCCGUCCCCAAAAAAUCUCUACUACGGCCCUACCUGCUCUACUCAAAACUACCUAAACCAAGCACAAGCACCAAACACUCAAACAGACAGGAAGCCCGCCGAACAUCACAAGGCUGCGAACCUCCUAGAAGCUCGAGGAGAUGCUCUCCAAGCUGUCGGCGUGGUUCGUGAACCCGCGGAGGAAUCCGCUCGCGCGUCUCCACCGGAACGCCGUCGCCUCCCGCCUCCGCAAAUACGGGCUCAGGUAUGACGACCUCUACGACCCGUACCACGACCUAGACAUCAAGGAGGCGCUGGCGCGGCUGCCGCGGGAGGUGGUGGACGCCCGUAACCAGCGCCUCAAGCGGGCCAUGGACCUCUCCAUGAAGCACCAGUACCUACCCGACGACGUCCAGGCUAUACAGACGCCAUUCAGGAGCUACCUUUUUGACAUGCUUGCUCUUGUGAAAAAGGAGAGCGCAGAGCGUGAAGCAUUGGGAGCGCUUCCACUCUACCAGAGAACCAUCCCAUAAAGUGCCUCUUUGCAUGAUCCAAUCAAUAGUGCACGCGAUGAUCAGCAGAGGCUGAUACUGUAAUGUGUAUUGUGUUUUUUCGAGGAAAUCUCUACUACUUAUUAAGACGAUAAGGGUAGCCUGCCGUUCUGACGUUAUACAAACUUAGUCAUAUGUUCUUGUGCGAUCUAAGCUA